UGAGUGCGGUCUGUGCACCCCUUUGCCGCCCACGGGUGCCCGAGCUGAGCCUGCACCCUGUCUCACACCCUCUGGCUGUUGCCAUGACGUCCGCCUGCACCAACAGCACGCGCGAGAGUAACAGCAGCCACACGUGCAUGCCCCUCUCCAAAAUGCCCAUCAGCCUGGCUCACGGCAUCAUCCGCUCAGUCGUGCUGCUUAUCUUCCUCGUCGCCUCUUUCGUCGGCAACAUAGUGCUGGCGGUAGUGUUGCAGCGCAAGCCGCAGCUGCUGCAGGUCACCAACCGUUUUAUCUUUAACCUCCUGGUCACCGACCUGCUGCAGGUUUUGCUCGUGGCCCCCUGGGUGGUGGCCACCUCUGUGCCUCUCUUCUGGCCCCUCAACAGCCACUUCUGCACCGCCCUGGUUAGCCUCACCCACCUGUUCGCCUUCGCCAGUGUCAACACCAUUGUCGUGGUGUCAAUAGAUCGCUACCUGUCCAUCAUCCACCCUCUCUCCUACCCAUCCAAGAUGACCCAGCGCCGUGGUUACAGGCUCCUCUACGGCACCUGGAUUGUGGCCAUCCUGCAGAGCACCCCUCCACUCUACGGCUGGGGCCAGGCUGCCUUUGAUGAGCGCAAUGCCCUCUGCUCCAUGAUCUGGGGGUCCAGCCCCAGCUACGCUAUUCUCAGCGUGGUGUUCUUUAUGGUCAUUCCACUGAUUGUCAUGAUUGCCUGCUACUCGGUAGUGUUCGGUGCAGCACGGAGGCAGCAUGCUCUGCUGUACAAUGCCAAGAGCCACAACUUGGAGGUGCGAGCCAAGGAAUGUGUGGAGAAUGGGGAUGAAGAGGGAGCAAAGAAGAAGAAGAAGUUCCGGGGUAAAACUGAGUUUCACCUCCAGGAUGAAGGUGAGGUCAAGGCCAAGGAGGGCAGCAUGGAAGCCAAGGACAGCAGCCUGAAGGCCAAGGAAGGAAGCACAGUGACUAGUGAGGGUAGUGUGAGGGCCAGGGGCAGCAAGGAGGUCAGAGAGAGCAGCAUGGUGGCCAGCAACGGCAGCCUGGAGGGUAAGGAAGGCGGCACCAAAGCUGAGGGGAAAAGCAUGAAGGCAGACAAGGGUCGCACAGAGGUCAACCAGUGCAGCAUUGACUUAGGUGAAGAUGACAUGGAGUUUGGUGAAGACUACAUCAAUUUCAGUGAGGAUGACGUCGAGGCAGUGCACCUCCCCGAGAGCCUCCCACCCAGCCGUCGUAACAGCAACAGUGACCCUCCUCUGCCCAGAUGCUACCAGUGCAAAGCUGCUAAAGUGAUCUUCAUCAUCAUUUUCUCCUACGUGAUAUCCCUGGGGCCCUACUGCCUUUUAGCAGUCCUGGCCCUGUGGGUGGAUGUCGAAACCAAGGUACCCCAGUGGGUGAUCACCAUAAUAAUCUGGCUUUUCUUCCUGCAGUGCUGCAUCCACCCCUACAUCUAUGGCUACAUGCACAAGACCAUUAAGAAGGAAUUCAAGGAUGUGCUGAACAAGUUAUUCUGCAAGAAAAAGCCCCCAAAAGAAGAUAGCCGCCCAGACCUGCCUGGAACCGAAGCUGGGACUGAAGGCAAGUUCGUCCCUUCCCACGAUUCUGCUACUUCUCCUUGAAGUAGUUCUAAGGCAAACCUUGAACUGUCCAUAAGAGCAGCUUUCUUUUCAAUGGACCCACAAUCCAUUAAUGCCAAACCAUACCAUUUCAGGCAAAGGUGUUGCACACAUGCUCUUCACCACAAGGUAGAUAAACACAUGGAAGAGGCAGGAACUGGGGUCUUUCCUUAAAAGCAUGAACUUGAGGAUUCUGACUUAAGUUUUUCUCCCAAAGAUUAUUAGGCUCCAAAUUUCUUAAAGCAGCAAGUGCUGCCCAUUUUGGACGUGUACUUGGUAUUCUGUCUUUCCAGAGCUACAACACGCUAACUUUAUCUCUGAGGGAAAGGGAAGUUGAUGCCUGUGAACUUAAGGACUUUUUGGCCCUUGGGCUAGGGCUACAGCUUACGUUCAACUGAAAGAAAGGUGAUGGACCAAAUCAUUCAUGAAGCCCAAGAAACAGAACCUAAUGGACUGAUCAACAUAUAAGCCAAAUUCGGAACUGAACAGCCCCACAGUUGGGUGCAAAGACUGUUAUGCAAACUAAAACAAAAGACCUUGUGCAGUUAAAAUCUCAAGAAGGUUUCUAGAUCCCCUAAAGAGAUCCAGAAAAGUAGAAGGGCAUGUAUGAAAUGGGAAGCUAGUCCAAGGGAAAAGAUGGAGAAAUAACACAUAUCCGGGGGGGGGUUUUCCUAUAAAAUCUUGGGUUUAUGCAUGGGCUGGGACUGAGGUCAUUAAGUGCAAAUGGAAAAUUGUCAAUUGACACAAAUAUUUUCUGUCUUGUGUUGAAUGAUAGCAGGGCGGAAAUCAUGCCACUAUUUUACAACUUCCUUAUGUGACUGAAUUGAGAUGAUGGUAAGAAAUCUUCAGAUCUCUGCCAGCAUUUGUUUUCUUUUGGUUUGUUUUUUUUAGUCUUUUUAGACUAAAGUCUUUUUUAGUCAAACAGUAUUUAUAGAAAAAAGGAAAUUCAACGUGAGAUCAUAGUUAGUAAAUAUGAUCUCCAUAUGGGGAGUAAGGAAGGCAGAAUGAACAGUUUUCUUCCUCCAGGCACACCCAUGAGUCUUUUCCACCUGUGGCUCUUUUUAAAGCUUUUAAGUUCUCUGCAGAUGUGAGAGAGAAAUAUCAGAGAGUCAGAAAUGACAAAGACGAUGGUUUCAUAAUACCUGGAAAACAGCUGACCUAUUCCAAACAGUCCUUAAAUCAAAGCAUUCAGGUCAGACGUAUGCUAAUUAUUGCUGUUGAAAUGUAUCACUUUGGAAAAACUUUUACAAUAUCUAAAUUAUCCCUAGGGUCAAUUUACAGGAAAAUCUCUCAAAUCCCAAAACCCAAAAUCACUAUGGGCAAGGAUGUAUGUAUAUAUAUCUGAGGGCAUGGCCAUAUCUAUAUAACCAAGUAACAUGGAACCAAAAAAACAGUCAAGCCAGUGUUUUGAUCCUCCUAUAGAACAAGUUAAAGCAACUCUAAAGCCAAUCAACUGUUCAUGUAGAAACCCACUGUUAAUAUGGAUGGAGGGAGUUUUUGGUUGAAAAUGGUUAAUCAGGUAGUUGCAUGAUGUAAAAUGAUCAUCUUCAGAGUUUAGCCUGAUUCUUGUGUGAUUGCCGUGCCUUUAUUAGAACUCAAGUUUCAUUUAAAUAAAUGCCCAGCUCAUUUAUAUUCUUUUAUCUCUUCCUCCUCACAGAUUUCAACAUGAGCUUCUCAAGGGGGAGAGGUAAACAGCAAUGUAUUAGGACUGAGACUAACUCUGCAUGGAAUUUGGGAUUGCCAUGUUCAGAAUUUAGGAAAGCAGAGGGAAUAGAACCAAAUAACAUAGAGAUGACUCAUCAAAUAAAAAUACCACGAUAACAUUAUUAAUUUCAACUCCAUUAAUUUGAAACUUGUAGUUAUUCAGACAAGGCAUGGGGGCUGAAGUUUACCCUGACACUAUCAUUUAUUUUUCUACCAAAAUGCAUAAAGUGAAUUAACAGUUAUAAAUUUGUUCUACUAAUUUAUCGCCAAACUCUUGUACUUACCUGUCCUUAAAGGAUAUCUGGGUGAAUAAAUGGCCUAUGUGAUCAAUCCUUCUAUGGGGGAGGGGUAGUGCCUUAAGAUCUGUUCAAAUGGUCAAAGGAGUUCAAGGUAGCUGUAGCCUAUCCUUUGAGUAGAAAUGUUUACUUGGGUAAGAAACAGGACUUCAAACAUAAGUGUGUUUCCAAAUAUUGUGUUGAAACUGAACCUCUUAUUUUAUUUUUAAAGCUGACCCCUUCAAAGUGUAUCAGAGAAAAUUGUUUGCCAAAAUCCCAAAUCAAAAUGGAACCAGAACCUGUACGAGUAUGGUAAGUCCAUUUAACAGCACACACAACAUUCUCAAGGGCACCGAGAUUCCUUACUACCCUGCUUUCCUUUUUGAAGUUCCUCUUUUCCUUAUUUUAGUCGUUGUCCAUUAUUUUGGUAAAUUGAAUUCCUCAAAAGUAAAGACGUUUUGAAAAUAUGAACCUGGAAAAGAGGACCUUUUAAUUAAGAGCAUCCUGCUUUGAUGACAUAUUCUUCUUAAUGAACAAUAAGGCCUCUGGUUAACUUGGAGAUAGCAAGUACUUGAAAUUUUUUGCUAUUUUGAGUAAAGCACUAUCACUUUAAUGAGGUUUUACUGCACACACUAUUUUGUCAUUUGAAAAUCUGAAAGCACACGCAAAAAAGUCAUCAUUAGCCUCAAAGAACCUCAUAUGCAAUAGCUUUCCCUAAAUGUUUUUAAGGGAUGUAUUCUUUUGCCAAAGCCACUUCAUAUGUGCAGUAAAAAAAAAUCCCAUUAAAGUACAGGGGCCAGACAAACCAGUCUAUGAAAUGAUGUGAUUUUAAAUUUAAUGAUUUUCCUUAUUUAAGUAUAAUAGAGCAUCUAGUUUGCCAAGAAGUCGCAGGUGCUUUGACUAACACACCAAUUUCUACAAGCUUGGGAAGGCAGUAAUAGGGAGCGAGCCCUGGGCUUCUGUGACUUCUAUGAUGCUAGGGUCCCGCUUCUCUGGCACACUACAAGUAGCAGCUGCUUGAAAGGCCUCUGCACUUUCAGCUCCCUGCCUACCUCUUGCCGUCAGCCCACUGCCUUCACCCGCCUCACUCCCUCUCCCUCUGCUACACCGGCCCUUCAGGAACAGUCCAUGCUUGAAGUUCUGUGUAUUCACCUACCCCCCAUCCAUCCCUUCCCAACCCAGAGCUGACAGAUUCACAGGGACCUGUGGGCCUAUGGAAGCAGGGAAGGAGAGAAGUGAGCCAUAGGAGUGACCAGCAAUUAAAGGUAUUUUUCUGUCUCCUACCCAACUCCAAUAUAAUUUAGAGAUGACGGGAUACCUACUUCAAAUUCAAGAGGUAAGGAAAAGUGCCAUUUAUUAUUAUGGAGAAGGUAGACAGCUCAUUUUUUACCAAAAAAGCACUCGAUAUUACACAUCACUGGAGGAAUAGUCAAUCCUGUCAAUACUGUCCAAUUAUUUCAGCAAAAAAAAAAAAACACUAAAAAAUCUUUUACCUACAAAAUUAUAAGGUGCCCAACAUUGCCUUGUUUUUUUUCCUGUUAGCACAAUAGUUAAGGUAUAGGGCCUGCAACAUUGCAUUAUUUUAUACAUAAUUAGCCAAUUAAGCUAGGUAAAGUUACUUCAAAAAGAUUUGUUCAUACUACCUAAAGAAUAAUUUACAAGAUUAAACUAGGCUGACUUAAACUUUGCCAAAAAGCUCUUAAAACUGUCUAAAAUACAUCAUUUGGAAGAAAAAAAAUGCAUCAUCUGGUAAUUUGAACUCAAGAUAAAAUCCUCACGAGUCAUUGGGAUGAAACAAUUUAAACUCCUGGAUGGUAUUUUUCUCUCACAACCAACUUGCCCAAUCUUUUGAGGAAGAAAAAUAGUGUUUUCCUCUCAUAAUGUCUUUUCUGUUGUAUUCCUCUAUAAGACAGACCUCAUGCUGUCAGGAGCGGUUUCUCUAAGCAAAAUGCCAUUUCCUUCUAGAACAGACAAAAGAUUACAGGAACGCUUGGCUGCUAGCCAGUGUCCAAGAUAAGGAGAGAAAAUCUGGCCAGUCGAUGACUUUUAACCCUCUCCCUCCUUACCUCUUUCUCUUACUUUCUAUGGGCUGGACUAGUGUUCUCGACCCCUUAAAGCCCCACUAAGCUUAGGCAUGAGGAGACAGAAGCAAUGAGCUGGAAACAGCAGAUGCGAUAGCCUAAAAUCCAAAAAGAAGGGAAAUCCUUGUCAUAAAAUCUUUCCAAUUACUUAGCAAUAAUCUCUUCCUCUACAGCAAAUGCCCAGCUAGCUUACAGCAGUUUUUUGCCAUAAGCAACAAAACUGGCUGGAGGAAGAAACAGGAAAGCUUAAAUCCACUGAAAUAGGAGUAGACAGGAAAGCUAAAAUCCGCUGAACCUGGCCACUGAUAGCCAGGUCACUAACAAGUUCACUGCUCUUUGGUAAAUAAAAUAAGAAUCCUCAAGGUAAACGAAGGUUGCUAAUAGGUGUCAAGCAUUUCCAUCAUUGCCUCCCAAAGCCUGCAUAUCUCAGAGUACACACACCAAGGGAAAACCACAGUGACUUGUCCACUCAGCAGGAGGUUUACUAUGUCUGAGAAAUAAUUACUCUACCUGUCUUGUUCUAAAAUGCAGAGAAAAACAAGAUCGGAUUUAGUUUGGUGUUUCAGACGUGAGUGGAUUUCCCCUCCACCCCCCCCGCCCUUCAUCUGUGCUACAACUUAAUGUUAAAAGUUUGGUAUUUUCAUCUUGUUUUAGUGGUGUAGUAUUUUUUGUAGUAAUUCUCCUAAAUGUAAACUAUAACUGUAUAUAAAAUGUAAGUGUUCUUGGAGAUAUGGUGCUAGAUAUUAGAUUGUAGUGUUUGUAGAUAGUGUCGUCCUCAAAAAUGGGUAGUAUGUAUAUGUAAAGUUAGUUAAUAAAAUGCAUGCAAAAUUCUAUGUAUGACCUACACCUUGGUCAGUUUCUGAUGUAGAACAUAGUACAUUUGUUUUUUAAAUUUAUUUUUAAAUUAUAUACUACAGGAUAUGUAAAAUGGCACCAAAGUGGGGUGGCAGGAAUUGAUGACUUUCAUUCCUUAAAUCCUUGAUAUGAUAUAUGACAGGUGAGAAGUUAUUGGUACAAUUGGUCAUUAGUGUGAACUAAUCAUCUUGGCUGAAGUCCUUGCUGACAGUUUUCCACAACACACUUGGCACCUGUAUGCUGUUUUCUAUUCACUGAAUAUAUAGAAUGCAAAUUCAAAGAAGACCAUCGUUCUCCAUUAAAAAGGAAGGACUCCAGGAUAUGCAAGUGGAGUCCAGUUAGCCGGACGAAAAGAAUACUGCACCCUGAAGACCCAGCGGACACCUGACCAUGAAUUGACAGGAUUUGCACUUGGCAGAUCCAUAAUGCUACCAUCCAUGCCCUCCUAGAGCAGUAACAAAACUCAGAAAAAGGCUGCUGUUUUUUCCCCUUUCAUUGGUUGUCUGAGAGAUAAGAUAGAGUGAGCAUGGAUGGCUAACUACAUAGAGAGGUAGUGGGACUCCUCUAUGGGGUCACAGCUACAGUAUUUGAUAGUUACAGUAGUAUGUCAAUGGGAUUUGUGUCAGAUAAGAAAAGAAAACUAUAAGAUGAUUUUGUUAUAUUUUCAGAACAAAAUGUUACAACUAAAAAAACUAUAUAUAUACCCUCAUUAAAUUAUUUCUAAAACUGCCUUUAAUAUCAAAUUUUGUGUGCUGCUUUGAAACUGAAAACAGAAAAAUGUAUUUAAUCAGUAAACAGUUCUCUUUAAUAUUUUAAAGCUUGAAUUUAAAAGUUUCAUUUUUCUUUUAAAAAAGAAUUUGUAAUUGAAAAGUGCCUUUUCAAAGGAUUCUCAAACUACAGUCCUGGGGCCAAGUUCCCACUGGCACAACUUACAUUCAAGUGCCCAGAAGGGGCAGGCUUUAUCCUCCUCCCCUCAGCAAGAAGAGAACCCCACUCACAAGCAAUCAAAUUCACAAAUCAACACUGUUACCUGGGCCAGUAGUCCCAGAGACUCUGCCCAAGGCCAAAGUUUCACAUAUUUGUUGGCUUUAAUUGGAUCUUUUCUAAAAUGGUUACAAUACUUUUUGUUUUUCUUUUGCUGGAAAGGAAUAACGGACUCCUACUUGGGGAAUGUGGAGAGAUUGAUGUUUGUGACUUAACUAAGUAUUAUUAAGUGAUAUUUGUGUUUCUUAAAUAGGUGCUGUUAAUCUGUCCUUGUUAUGUUCCUCUUAAAUAUGCUAAAUAAAGUCAAAUUUUAUGUGUG